AUGCAGCACAGCUGUCACGGCGCAGGUCGCUCUGUUUUUCUCUCCCCCAGCAACACUGCGUACUUCCUGUCCCUGGACAUCUGCCGGCCCCGCGAAAGGGGGGGAGGGGGGGGGGUGUCCGCGGCGGCGGGGGCGGUCGGCAGUUUCGUCGGCCAGAUCUCGAAGAUCAAAGGGAACCAGGCGAGCAGAUACGAACACGUGUCUGUGAAACAGAACACGCACAGCGCAGUGCCCGCCAGGUGCAGAGGUUCGUCGGUCGGAGGCGAGAUCAGCCACGCAGUCAUGAGCCACAUGAACAAAUUCGGGAGGGUGGCGGUCUGUGGCUCAUUCUCCACGUACAACACGGGUGUCAUGCGCAAAGCUGAAGCGACCCAGGAGUCUGCAGACAAGCAGCUGCGAGUGGAAGGCCACCCAGGGAAAGUGAAGUACCGCGAAACCAUCACGGAGGGUUUCCGGAACAUGCCCCAGGCGUUCAUCGAGAUGCUUCGUGGGAAGAACUUCGGCAAGGCCGUGGUCGAGGCCUGA